AUGAUAGUAUUAGUUAGCAGUAGCAGUAGUAGCAGUGGUAGAAGUGGUAGUAGUGGUAGUAUUAGUGUUAGUAGUGGUAGUGGCAGUAGUAGUAGCAGUAGUAGGAGUAGCGGUGGUAGUAGUAGUAGUAGUAGUAGUGGUAGUGGUAGAGGUGGUGGUGGUGGUAGUUGCGGUAGUAGUAGUAGUUGUAGUAGAAGUAAAAGUAGUAGUUGUUGUAGUAGUAGUAGUAAUGUAAGUACUAGUAGUAGUGGUAGCAGUAGUAGUAGUAGUAAUAUUAGAAGAUUUAGCAGUAGCGGUAGUAAUAGUAGUAGUGGUAGUAAUAGUAGUAGUGGUAGUAUUUGUAGUAAUAGUAGCAGUAGUAGUAGUAGUAUUAGUAUUUGUAGUAAUAGCAGUAGAAUUAUCAGUAGCAGUAGUAGUAGUAGCAGUGGUAUUAGCAGUAGUAGUAGUAGCAGUAGUUGUAGUAGGUGUCGUAGUAGCAGCAGUAGUAGUAGCAGUAGCAGCAGCAAUAGCAGUACUGGCAUUAGUAAUAGUAGCAGUAGUAGUAGCAGUAGCAUUAGUAGUAGUAGUAGCAGUGGCAGUUGUAGUAGCAGUAGUAGCAGUAGCAGCAGUAGCUGUAGCAGCAGCAAUAGCAUUACUGGCAUUAGUAGUAGAACUGUCUGUCUGUCUGUCUGUCUGUCUGUGUAA